CGUGCGUGUGUGUGUCUAUCAACUGAGAAAAUAUAAUUAUUUAGAACGGCAACGCAAAAAUUAAGCGCAACCGAAAAAAAUAAAAGCGGCGCUUUUUCUCGUCGCUUUUCGUAACGUAAUAUUAAAAUAGUUAAUUAAAACGCGUGUAGUUUAUAUAGUGCAGUAAUAUGGAUUAUCGGAAUAAUGCUUACGGCAUUGGACAGCGGCGAGUUGUCAAUGAUGCGCCGUCUUUUGCGCCAAUUCGCGGCAGCGGCGGCGGUGGCGGCAUUGAUGACAAUUUUCGUAGUCCGCAGUCAAUGAACUAUGGUUUUAACAGCAACAACAGUAACAACAACAAUGGUAACAAUAGCAGUAACGAUUUUAACUUUGGAAAUAACAAUAGUCAACGCUUUGCGAGCAUGGAUAGCAAAUUUGGUAAUAUGCAGUCCAAUAAUUAUUCUCGCUCCUCGGAUAAUUCUGGCUAUGGAGGUGGUGGAGGACAAAACCAACAACGUUUUGGCAAUCACACAAACUGCUCCAAUUCAUCGUCUGGCAACUUUAACGAUAGCAACAACUAUCGAGGACAAAUGAAUCAACGUUCGUUGGGUGAUCAACAGCAGCAGCAACAACAACAACGUUUCAACAAUAUGAGCGAUAUUAAUCGCAGCUCGUCCAGUGGCGAUUAUUCUUCUAGUGGCUACAGCAGUUUUCGGGGUUCGUUGCAACCACCGCCACAGCAGCCGCCACAAUUGGGCAAUUUGAGCCUGGGGCGUUCAAUUAACGAUCAGGGCUAUAACAACAGCAACAACAACAAUGAUAGCAACAAUGGCAAUCAGCGUUUUUACAACAACGAUCGUAACGAUACAUUCCGUCGCGCCGACAACUUUAGCGAUAACUUUAAUCGUGGCCAGGAAUCGAUUAAUUCGUCACGUUCUGGCGGUGGCGGCAACAAUUACAAAUUCAACAAUGAUCGCAGUGAAAACUUUGGACGCCAAUUAAAUAAUGGUGGCUCCAACAAUUUUGGAUAUCAGAAUCAGAAUAAUCAGAAUCGUGGAGGUGGCGGCGGAGGCGGCGGCUUCGAUGACAAUUUCCGUGGCUCCAAUUUGAAUAAUCACAACUUUGACAACAACAACAAAAACAAUCAACAACAACAGCAGUUCUUCAACAAUAAGCAGAAUGGACCACGCAAUGGAGACUCGGGAUUCUCGAACGCUCAGAAUUUCCGUGGUCAGAACAACAGCGAUAUGCCUAUUGGUGGCCAAGCGUUGGCCGCUAUCAAUGAGACCGUCAAUGCUUUAAUGACCAAUCAGUCCAACUGGCAGGUUGGCAACAAUAAUAACGGCUUUGGACAGGGUAAUUUCAAUGGCGGUGGCGGAAACUAUCGCAACAAUGCUGGCAACAGAAACAACAACAACAAUAACAUGAACAAUGCUGGCAACAAUCGCAACUUUAACAACGGCCCAGCUCAAACUGGCAAUUGGGCUAACAAUCGAUCGCAGCAACAACAACAGCAGCAGCAACCCAGAAACUUCAAGCCAGUCAACAACAAGCCGCAAGGAGCUCCCGUGGCAGCUCGACAAGGAGCCGGUGGAGCCCCUGCUAAAUUCCAGGGCAAUAAAAACCAGAAUCAACCCAAGCCGAAUACUAACACCAACAAGCCGGUCGUGCAGCAGACCAACAAGAAGAACGUCAAUACUAGCAACAAUAACAAGCAACAACAGCCAGCUAAUCAAGCUGUUGCCAAGAAUGUUAACGGUGGCCAAAAGCCGCCACAACCAAAGGCUGCUGUGCCAGCCAAAGCCGCCCAAAAUACUCAAGUUAAGCCCAAACAGGAGGUCAAGAAAGAAGCAGCUGUCGUCAACCCAAAAGUUGCUCCAAAGCGUCCAGCACCACAGCCAGCUGCUCCGCUUACCAAAGCCGACAUCAAGCGUCGCAAGCUGGCGCUGAAGCGCGGCUUUCUGCUGGGCGGCAUCAAGCUGCCGUAUGUGAACAGCAAUCGUGUGGCGCUUCCGCAACCGGAGGAUAAAUCAUAUGCUGUCAUGUUCUUCGAACAGUCACUGAACUAUAGUACAAGCGGCGAGGAGUUGGACGACGACGCGGAAUUCGAUGGCCCCGAAGCCAUACCGGAAGCAACUGAUGCCGAAGGCAAGAAUGCUGGACGCACGCUGGUGAAACGCAUACGCAAGCGUUUGCACUUCGAAUGGACCCAAGUCGAGGAGUCAAAGAAAUACAAAUCGUGGCCUACUUGGUGGACGGAUUACAAGUGGUGUGAGAAGGCCAUACAAGAGGAGUUGGAGACAUUUGGCAGCGUCAAUUUGAGGAACUGUUUUCUACCGGAUCUACCUCGUCUGACCACCGAGCAGGUGGUGGAUGUGAUUGUGAAGCAGGCACACUUUGGCCUUGACAAGAAUUCGGACAACUAUUUCAACAACAUGAAGUCGAUACUUACAUUAAUGAAUGUAACCUUUCUGGAGAACCUCAAGAUGCCCAACAGCGAGAAGGUGCAGGAUAUGAUACGCGCUGUGCCCAAUGACUUCUGGUGUUACAAGAUGCGCAGCAUGGUCUAUUUGUGGGCACAGUACCUUAAAAUCUCCAAGACCUCGUCGCCGUCCACAGAAACGGGCGUCAAGGAGCUGCAGGCGAUUGCCCGCGAUUGGAAGAAUCCAUUGUUCCAUUGGAUGGCCAAGCAGGCCUUCGACGAACUGAAGGCAAUCAGCGAAGUGGAAUGGCCCGAGCACAAGCAGCAGUAUGAGGAAUUGCAAUCGGCAGCCCCGACAUCAUCUUAAAUAAGUUCACAACUGCUAGUAUGCAUUUUUAUAUAGAUUAUAAACAACGUAACAAGAAUGUAGAUUGAUAAUAAAAUUUAAUGCAUACACAAA